CUUGGAAUGGAAGGGACAGCAGAGGCAGAUGGAUCAACAUUCAGCCCACCUUCAGCGUGGAGUGCGAUGAAAUGUGCCAAAGACCCCUAUGGGACUCAAGUCUCCGUAUGGAACCAGACCAGGAGAAUUACAAGAAGAAUGAAGAAGUGAUGCUCAGCUGCCCUGAGGGUUUCCAGCCACCCUUCACCCAUGUCAAAUGUAUGGGAAAAGUCCUGUUCAUUAGCAACGGGAAACCUGUACACAGAGAAGCUUGGAAUGGAAGGGACAGCAGAGGCAGAUGGAUCAACAUUCAGUCCAGCGUGGAGUGCAUCGAGAUCCUCCAGGUUGUCCCCGAGACCUUGGAGAUUUCCAGCACCAGCAUCAAACUGAACUGGACCUGCAGGCUCACCGACACCUGCCAGCGCAUUCGGGCCAGGUGCCGGCUGGAAGAGCGUUCCUCCCCUCCCUGUAAGGCUGAAGAGGUGAAGGGAGAGGAGAUGUUACGCGGCCAGGAGGGAACAUUUACAUGCCCCCCUCUGCAGCCCUUCACUGUCUACAGAGUCACCAUCUUCCUGCCCCCCAGCACGAUCCUGUACACACGGCUCCUCACGACAAAGGAAACGGUGCCGGACAAACCCAAGAAGCUGUGGCUGGAUCCCAGCACGGGGUCCCUCAGGUGGGAGCCGCUGCCUUCCUGCAAAGGGGAGAUCAUCGGAUACCAGCUGAACGUCACGGCCAGGAGCGCGCAGGACGGUGCCUUCCUGGAGGUGCAGCGGCUGCGGCUGAGCGGCUCCGUCACUGAGCACCCGCUGCCCGAGCACAGCCCCAGCAACAGCUACGUGGUGACGAUGCAGGGACUCACGGCCGCCGGAGCCGGGGCUGCGUUGCUGUGGGAGUUUCAGACCAACAGCUCGGACACUCCGCACCCUCUUGACAUCGGCUGCCACAGCGCCCGUGACAUCUCCCCAGCCCAAGGGACAGCCGUGCUUCCACUCCGCCCCAUCGCCCAGCUCCCCGAGGCGGCCAGGGAGUACCAGCUCAUCGUGGCCAUGACACACAACGGCACGGCGGUGGAAGGCGCCUGCUCGGGGGAGCCGCAGCCCUUCAACGCCAGCCGGCAGCCCGGUGCCUACGUGGCCGCCGUGCUCAACCUCACCGCCCCCACGGACUUUGUGCUGGGCGACGGGACCCGCGGGCAGGGUUACCACAACGCUGCCCUCCGGCCGGGCUCGGACUACACGGCCCUUCUCCGCCUCGUCCACCGCUCGCAGCAGGCAGAGAAGUUCACCUGCGUGUGCUACAGCUUCUCUACUGGACAGGAGCCGGUGCCUCUGCUAAGCAGGAUGCCCGUGGUUAUGGCAGUAGCGCUUGUCAUUGCAUUCCUGGCACUGGGGAUUUUGCUGCUCUUCGUGCUCUUCAGGCGAAAGUACAACAGUUCAAAAACCUCGGAGAACAACAGCACUAUCCCCCUGCGAAGAUGCCUCGUGGUCUCCAUAGGUGCGUGCAAGCUGAACACUCAGAUCCCGGUGGAGGAACUGCUGGAGGCUCUGAAGAGGUUUAAGAGGGCAGAAAUAGAGGCAGAGCAGAUAGAGGAUGAAUCAGUCGACAGCCAUGGUGCUGGGCGUCUGAGGGAGUAUCAGCAACUGUCCUCCACUUUGUUGCAUCCCUGCGAUGCUGGGAAGGAGCUGUGUAAUCAGAGCAAGAACCGCUACAAGAGCAUCAUCCCAUACGAUCACUGCCGUGUGGUGCUGCAGCCCUCUGACACGGGGAAUGGCUACAUCAAUGCCAGCUACGUGGAUACCUACCGGAGUCCACGCUUCUUCAUUGCAGCUCAAGGCCCCUUGCCUGGGACGGUGCUGGAUUUCUGGCAGAUGGUCUGGCAGGAGAAGACCUCAGUCAUUGUGAUGCUGACGGGCUUAGUGGAGCAGAACAAGACCAAGUGCGAGCAGUAUUGGCCAGAGCAGGAGCAGGUCUACGGGGACUUCACCGUGACACUCAACAACACCAGGACCACCACGGGCCUUGUCACACGCAUCUUCUGCCUGCAGAAGGCAGGCUGUGCUCUCCCAAGAGUGGUGGAGCAGUUUCACUACCUGCUGUGGCCAGACCAUGGUGUCCCCACAAACCCUGCUCAGCUCCUGGGCUUAGUGGAGGUGGUGAACAAGAAGGGGUUGGAAGCACCUGCUGGACCUGUGCUGGUGCACUGCAGCGCAGGGAUUGGGCGAACAGGUACCUUCAUUGCCCUGGACUUCCUCCUGAAGAUGGGUAAGGCCGAGGGGAAGGUGGAUGUGUUUCACUGCGUGCAGAGGCUGCGGGAGCAGCGCGUCAGCAUGGUGCAGACAAAGGAGCAGUACAUCUUCCUGUACGAGGUGCUGCUCGAAGGCUUGCUCUGCGGCAGCACCGGGGUCCCAGUGGAGAGCCUCACCAGCCAUGUCCGCUGCCUUCGAGAAGCUGAGACCUCAAGGCACAACAAUGUCCUUGAGAAGGAGUUCAAGGCCCUGCGGAAGUUUUCCGAGUUGUUCCAGCUCCUGCCAUGCAGAGAAGCGGAGAAACCCAGCAACCAGCCAAAGAACCGCAAGCCAGGGAUCCUGCCAGCGGAUUCCUGCCGGCCCAUCCUGAUGUCCUCAUUGAACACGGACGGCUCACCAGGUUACAUCAAUGCCGUGUUUGUCAACACAUACAUGGAGGAGGACAGACUCAUCAUCACCCAGCUGCCUCUGCCCACCACACUGGUGGAUUUCUGGGCUCUGGUCUGGGAUUACACCUGCACAUCGGUGGUUGUGCUGAACCAGAUCCAGGAGCUGGAUGAGACAUACAUGGACUUCUGGCCCACCCAGGGCGAAGCUGCUUACGGCCGUUUCCAUGUCCACCUGAUCUCAGAGGAGCCCGGAGCUGGCUUCACAGCCUGGACACUUGCCCUCACCAACAGGCAGCAGCCCAAGAAGUCUGCACUGGAAGUCCGGUUCUGGCAACUGAAGGACUGGCCCAUGCAGCAGCGUCUUCCCUCGCACCCUGCCACUGUCAUCAGCCUGCUAGGGAAGGUGGAGACUCACCAUCGGCAGAGCCAAGAUGGACACAUCCUCGUCACCUGCUGGGAUGGUGCCAGCCGGAGCGGAAUCUUCUCUGCUGCUAGUUUCCUCUGCGAGCAGAUCCAAAGCGAGGGGCUAGUGGAUGUAUCCCAGGCUGUGAGGAUGCUGAAGAGGCGGCGGAGACAGCUGAUUAAAGAUGUGGAGCAGUAUGGGUUCUGCUAUGAACUAGCCCUCAGUUACUUGAAUUCAUUUGAAACCUAUGGGAAUUUCAAGUAGAGGCAUGGC